GUAUAAAGGUUACUCAAAUGAAUGUAUUGAGCACACGAUUCAAGACAAACACACACAUUUCACACAUUCUCUGAAGUGAUCUGAUCAAAACUCUGAUCACUAUGUGAGUUCAUCACUUUGUUUGGUUCAUCGGUGAUAAUAUAUCAGAUCGUUUCAUUUGACAAAAUCUCGUAAUUCAUAUUGUGCUCAUUGAGUGAUGGCGUUUCAACUGGGACUUGUAGAGUUUCACUGGAAGGCCAUGAAGGUGGGAAACUUUGUCGUUCGAAGUGAAGAGUGCAGUGUUCGUAUCACAUUGAACGUACCAUCACUUGUUGAAAAUUGCAGGCAAGUAUUCAACGGGCAUCAGCGGUAUAUGUAGAAGUGCGUGUCCUAGAUUCCCAUGCUCGUUCCUACCAAUGGAAAAUAGCUUCACAAUAAUCCGUAGACGUCGUUUAUGUCUCCGUUUUGAAAGUCACCAUGUCAACAGAGACAGAGUAUUUCACUUCAAUAUAAUCAGAUAUCUCAGAAGAAUUUUGCACUGGGUAGUGAGUGAAUAUCCAAUUUGUGCAGUUUUUAAUGCAACAUUCAAUAUGAGCUAUAAACAGAUUUUUAACUUCAUAAGCUUGUUAUUAAUUGCAGAGAUUCUUAUUGUUUGCAACACACUUCUCGUUUUUUGCUUCUAUGACAAAGCCUGCUUUCGAGCAAUAGCCGCUGCAUAUUGGGUUUGUGGAAUUGUGCUCUACGUUAUUCUGAGAAGAAACGAAUACUUACAGUCAUUUUAUCCGUCCAACAUCGCUUUGAUAUGGAUAUCUCUUGUAUAUCUGAUAUUGGGUGCCGCCUUUCUAUUCUUUGAUUGUGCAAGUUUAAAAAUGCUCAUUCCUAUUGGCGUGACAUUGUUGAUUUCUCUCUGCGUGGUAUUUCCUUCCUUCAGAAUACGGGAUUUGUCGAGGAGAGUAAUAGUCAUUUUCACUUCCAUAGCAGCAAUACUGACAUUAAUUGGAGUAUUUUUUAUAUUUUUUUCGCCAGGAAAUCCACCUUUGCAGAUUACGGGCGGUAUUUUUCUUAGUGUCGCUGCAGUCGUAGUAAUUUUCACUAUCUCUUGUGGGUUGCAAAGACGCCUCAAACAGGCUGUCAAUUGGUUUUUUCUGCUUCUCGAAUUGCUCAAACUUUGCAUUCCUAUCAUUGCAUUGUAUCUUGCUUUAUGUGUGGCUUUCAUUAUCAAAGAGGUGAAAUCGGAGCCUACGCCUGAAUAUGGGUGUUAAAAUGGAAUACAGUGCAAUAAAAUAAAUAAACAGUGAACUUAUGUAUAUAUUUUCCACCUGAUAACUGAUAAACAGACUAGUUCUCUCUUAAUUUUCCAAUUUUUCAUCGUUGUUGCAUUGACUUUGAAGUUUGAUUCUUAUUCGUUAGAUGAACAAACAAUUUCGUUUUCCUCCUGAUUAAAUUCUUUUACACAAAUGUGAAUGAGAGAUGCUCAAUGAGAAGAAUUUGUAAUGCAGA